AUGGGUGAUGAGCUUAAAAAAAACGGGAAACUGGAUGUGAAGCCAACCAUAAAGCGUCAACUUAUGAAACCGAAAAAUCCACGGCCACGGCAAGAACCAUCUGGAGUCCUCUACAAGAUCUGCUGCAGUUUCGGUCAAAGCAACCAUGUCGGAGAAAUUGGCAGGCUUCUCAAGACGCAAAUUGCCAAACACGCGGCAGCAGUGUGGCGAAAUGAUGCCAAUUCUCAAGCUGCAGCUCAUUCGACGAAAUCCGGCCACACAUUCAAAUUUGGUGAGGCCGAAAUUAUCGCAAGAGGUGACAAUCAGGUGAGCCGAGAACUACUUGAGUAA